UUGAGAGAGACUAGAAUUUGGACAAUUGUUGGGUUUGUUUUUUUUCUGCAACUAGGAAUGGCUGAAGAAAAGGAAUCUACGUCGGUCCCUUUGAGUCAAGGUGGUGCUGGCGAAGAUCCCGAAGAUCCUGCAAAGUCUCCACCUAACUCCCCGAGUUCCUCCACUCGCAAGGCGUGCUUUGCUGUUCUCCAGAGUUGGGUCUCCAAAAAGUUCAUGACUGGAUGCGUGGUUCUUUUUCCUGUUGCGGUUACCUUUUUCAUUACAUGGUGGUUUAUUCAAUUUGUUGAUGGUUUCUUCAGUCCAGUAUAUGAAAGACUUGGAAUUGACAUAUUCGGGCUUGGAUUUGUGACAUCUUUAAUUUUUGUAUUCCUCAUUGGUGUAUUUGUUUCAUCAUGGAUGGGUGCCACUGUCUUUUGGCUUGGAGAAUUGUUGAUAAAGAGAAUGCCGCUUAUGAAGCAUAUAUACUCUGCCUCUAAACAAAUUAGUGCUGCUAUUUCUCCUGACCAGAACACAACUGCUUUCAAAGAGGUAGCAAUUAUUCGUCAUCCACGUGUUGGUGAAUAUGCAUUUGGUUUCAUAACAUCGUCUGUUGUCCUUCAGAGAGAAAAUGGGGAUGAAGAGUUAUGUAGUGUUUAUGUUCCUACAAACCAUCUAUAUAUUGGCGAUGUUUUUCUUGUUAACUCUGAGGAGAUCAUAAGGCCAAAUCUUUCUAUUCGAGAAGGCAUAGAGAUCAUUGUUUCUGGGGGUAUGACAAUGCCACAACUGAUAUCUCCUUUACAAAGGAUUCCUCGUCCAAACGAUCGGAUUCCUCUGAAUAGAAUAAUCUAGUAGCAGGAAGGCAUGUCAGGAUGAAGAAUUACUGAAUUGGCUUUAGUUUUGUAGUUGCAAGCAUGUAGACUGGUGGUAAUCUGUCCACCGUAACUCUGGUCAGUGCUUCAUGGGAUGUGCCCUCUUGGCGGUGUUAAGGGAAAGAAAGUGCUGGAGCCCAUCGGUAGUUUACUGAUCAUAUUCACAUUCUGUUGCUGAGUUCAAUGGUUCUGUAGUAUUAGACUCAUAAAUAUGCAAAGCUUCUUGUUGAGUUUUGGAUUCCGACGUUGUAUCCGUGUUUUGUAAUCAUUGAGCUUUGAAUUUGUCCAAACACCAUAUUAAUGGCUGUGUACAUAUUCAGGUAUUCUAGCAUGAACUAGCAAUGUAGAUAGUUAUUUAGUUC